CUCUCUCUCUCUCUCUCUCUAAGUUGAAACCUCCUUGUUGAAUAUACAUCUCACCUACUCCCUCCCCCCCUUCUCCAUCUCUCUCUCUCUUUCACAGUGUCUUAGCUUUUAUAUUUUGAAGCCACUACCUAACCCGUCUCCUUCUUCCCCACACAAUUCAUCUUCAUCUCGGCAACUCAGAGCCACCCAACCCAUUUCUUUUCUCUAUCUAACUCAAAUCCACCCAAGUCAUCUCUUCUUCUAUGCUGCUUAAAAUUCAAUCCCAAAACCAAUCAACCUGUCUUCUUCUUGACUCAAAACCGCUGAUUCAAUCCCUAAACCACCCAAAACAAAAUUCCAAUAAACCAAAGGCACAAACCCACCAACCAAACAACAAAAUCCUCUCUUUGAGACUGGAAACACAAAACCACUCUUCUCCAACCCAAAACCACUCUUCUCCAACCCAAAACCACUAAUUAAUCCCCUGAAAACCACCAAACACCCACACCUGUAAUGGCUUCUGAUCCCAAUUCAACAACCCCUCCAAAUUUUUGGGGUGACACACCAGAAGAAGAAUACUACACAUCGCAAGGAGUAACCCACUCUUCCUCUUACUUCACAACUCCCCACGGUCGACUCUUCACUCAGACAUGGAAGCCUCUCUCCUCUUCUUCUAGAGCGUUAGUAUGUUUCACCCAUGGCUAUGGCUCUGAUACAGGUUGGCUUUUCCAAAAACUCCCCAUUGCCUUUGCUCAGUGGGGUUACUUAUCCAUUGCCGCCGAUCUUCUCGGUCACGGCCGAUCCGACGGUCUUCGUUGUUAUAUGGGAGAUAUGAACAAAGUGGCAUCUGCCUCUUUGAUUUAUUUUCAAUCAGUGAGAGACUCAGAUGAAUGCAAAGAAAUCCCUGCUUUUCUGUUUGGUGAAUCAAUGGGUGGGUUGGCUACUAUGAUGAUGCAUUUUUUGGACCCAAAUGGGUGGAGUGGGCUCAUGUUUUCAGCUCCAUUAUUUGUUAUUCCUGAACCCAUGAAGCCAUCGAGGGUGAGGCUGUUCCUUUAUGGGAUGCUUAUGGGUUUGGCUGAUACUUGGGCUGUGAUGCCUGACAAUAAGAUGGUGGGUAAGGCAAUCAAGGAUCCUGAGAAACUCAAGAUCAUAGCAUCAAACCCUCGAAGAUACACCGGAACACCAAGAGUGGGGACUAUGAGAGAAUUGAAAAGAGUUUGUGAAUACAUUCAAGCAAAUUUCGACAAGGUGAAGGUGCCAUUCUUGACUGUUCAUGGAACAGCUGAUGGGGUAACUGCACCCGAGUCGAGUAAGUGGCUCUACGAGAAGGCGUCGAGUGAAGAUAAGACAUUGAAACUUUAUGAAGGAAUGUAUCAUUCUCUUGUUCAAGGCGAGCCCGAUGAAAAUAGUGAGAGAGUUCUCGCAGACAUGAGAGAAUGGAUCGAUGCAAGGGUGGACAAGCUCCAAAAUGUGAAGAAAUAGAGAGAGAGAUAGAGUAUCCCAGAUUUGAAUGGUCUGUGGGGAUAAUUGUUUGAAAACUGUUGUUUUACAGAGAAAGAUGCUCGAUAAGCAUUUCCAAGAGUGUGGGAGAUGCAUGCUUUGUAUUUAAAGAUGUUUGAUUGGCAUUAUAAUUAAGAUUUGAAUAUGAACUUCUAUUG